CGGGCGGUGGCCGCGCCAUGCAGUACCAGCCGGCAGCCGCGGCGCCGGCGGCCGCGGCCCUGGGCGUCGGCGUCCCGCUGUACGCUCCCACGCCGCUACUCCAGCCCGCGCACCCCACGCCCUUCUACAUCGAGGACAUCCUGGGCCGUGGCCCCACCGCCGCCCCGGCCCCCCACUCCCUGCCCGCCCCACCGCCGCCGCCGCUGCCGUCGCCCAACUCCUCUUUCACCAGCCUGGUGUCCCCGUACCGGACCCCCAUCUACGAGCCGACCCCCAUCCACCCGGCCUUCUCCCACCCCCUCACUGCCACCUACGGCACCGGCGCCUACACCGGGCCCGUCUACUCUUUUCCCCGCGCCGUCGGCGACUACGCUCACGCCCUGAUCCGGCAGGACCCCUUGGGGAAGCCGCUACUCUGGAGCCCCUUCAUCCAGCGGCCGUUGCACAAGAGGAAAGGCGGGCAGGUCCGCUUCUCCAACGACCAAACCAUUGAGCUGGAGAAGAAGUUCGAGACGCAGAAAUACCUCUCUCCGCCGGAGAGAAAGCGUUUGGCCAAGAUGCUGCAACUCAGCGAGAGGCAGGUCAAAACGUGGUUUCAGAAUCGCAGAGCCAAAUGGAGGCGUCUAAAGCAGGAGAACCCCCAGGCCACCAAAAAAGAAGAAGUAGAAGGUUCUGAUAGUCACAGUGACCAAAGGCCAGAGAGCUGCCCAACGCCUGAGCAGAAGGGUAAGGAGGUCUCCCUGGAUGGCUUGCAGUACACCCCUUCGCCAGCCUCACAGGAGGACAUGGAGUCAGAUGUCUCCGAUGACUCUGAUCAAGAAGUGGACAUUGAAGGUGAUAAAGGCUAUUACAAUCCUACCCACUAACAGCUCCAUGCAGAGAGUGGACCCUAACUCAGCUUGCACUUUACCAAGGGCUGAUUUGGAAGAAUAUUAUGCUACAAGAGAAAACUUUCACCGUUCCACUGAAAGAAAAAAAGUUACACCAAAUAGACUCAUUCUGUAAUAAGCAGAGGAAGAAAGAUAUGUUUUCUGCAACAGUCCAUUUUUUGCAGAUCUCUGAUUUUGUUAAAGGAACGUGGUUUGUAUUUAAUUAUUUGUAAGAUAUAUUUGUACAUCAAUCAAUGUUCUAACUGGAAUACAAUACUACACCCUGUCCUUACUCACAGGGGGGUCUGAAUCAGCUGCUGGUAGUUAUCAAGAGGCAAAACUCCUCUCUAGGUAGUGUAGAAGUGAGUAUGGAUUGCAGGACUAAGCCCUUUGUAUGUGUAAACAAAUGUAGUUUAAAUAGAUUAAUUUAAAUGCCCUUUGCAAGCAGAGAAACAUGUUCUGUGAAAUGGGGAGCGAUUUGACUAUCCCAACAAGUGCCUUAUGCUUGCACCCUUUUACCUGCUGUGAUGCUCUCUACUGAGAUAUCCCAUUGUUCAUCCAUUUUUGGACAGAUUAACUUUUCUUCUUGCAUAAAAUGAAAUGUGCCUUCUCAGAUUUUUGAGGACUUUGUCUUGCAAUCUGGAUGGUUCUAUUUGCAGGAAAACAAAAUACAUAUUUUUCUCCUAGUGCUGUUUUUUACAGAUUUUGUAUUUGAGAAGAAAAUGCAGGGAGUGAUAGGGCCCUGCUGCAGGAGAGAAACUGGCAUUAGCUGUGAGGGCUAAGUGAGGCACACAGUCUUGGGAAGAUAAUGCCUAUUUUGUAUACAUAUUUUCUUCUGUACAUACUAGUUUUCUUAAAGUCUUGUGGUUUUAUACCUCACAUUGUUCAUACUUUGUACAUAUUUGUUCGAUGUUAGGAAAAAAACAAAAAACAACCAAACAAGGAAAACCUGGUAUUUAAUUUUUGAUGGAUUUGUCUGUGAAAUAAAACUAAACUCUGCACCACCCA